AUGCAGAUCAUAAAAGAGUUGAUGACCUCUUCGGUUAUGAUAAUAAUAUACCUACAAAGCGUUCUGCACGUCAUGUCUGUACUUUUCUCAUCUCUCUGUCUACAAAUGCACAGUAAAAGAUUUCCAUGUGUUUGGAAAACUUCACAGUCUGGUGAGUGCAUAGAGAAAGCAGUAAAUUUUAUGUCGAAAAGCUUAGUGAUAAGGAACAAAAGAUAA